AUGGAUUGUAACAAUUUUCUUAAUGAUGAGGAUAUUCUUAAAGAUUAAGAUCGCAUCCAGCCAUUUAUAAAUGCAAUCACACGCAAUAAGCAUCUCUUUAAAGAUAAAGUAAUUUUAGAUCUUAAUGCUGGUCUUGGUCUAAUUCCAAUUUUACUUAUUAGAUCUGGAGCUAAACAUGUAUAUGCUAUGAAAUCACAUGAUCAUGCAAAUAAAAUAUUAGAAUCCAAUUAAAUAAACAAUGUCACCCUCCAUAAAAAAGCCAUAAAAGAAGUAGAAUUAGAUUGCAAGGUUGAUAUUAUCAUAUCUGCAUGGAUGGGCAAUAUGUUAUUCUAUCGGGGAAACAUUUAAGAGUUAAUAUAAGCAAGAGACAAAUACCUAAAUUAAGAUGGACUAGUCUUGCCUGACAAAGGUUAAUUGUAUCUCCAGUCGAUCGAAGAUGGUGAAUAUCGGGAUUAAAAAUUGACAUUUUGGUAUGCUUUCCUACCCCUAAAUAAGGGAUUCUGUCUAUGGAGUCAAUAUGAAAUGGAUGAAACAGUGGAUUAAACAUGAACCUCUACUUGAAAGCAUCAGAAAAGACUAAUUAAAUAGUGAUCCUGUUUUAAUUUAUGAAGUGGACUUAAUGAAAUGCACUUUUGAAGAUCUAUCAUUUAGCAAUUCAUAUUAAGUUCAAAUCAAUAGAUAAGACUUUGUCACUGGAGUAAUUAUAUGGAUGAAAUAUUCAUUUACUUUUACUCAUCUUCCAAUCAAUGUCAUCAUGGGUCCAACCAAAUCUCCAUUUUGGAAACCAGUCAUUUUUUAUUUCAAUGAUGAAAUACCUGCUUCUAAAGGAGAAAAACUAAAAGGUAAAAUAUUAAACCUUUAUUCUAGGUUCCUUCGCUAUCAAAUUUGUUUAAGACGAUCUAAUCCUUAUUAAAUUAUCUGCCCAUACAAAACAAUACCAUUAAAUAUAAUCUUUUAGAUUAAAUUGA